CCAAAGACCACAUCCUCUCUGGUUAAGCUUACGGACGAUGAGGUCAGUGGAGCUUGUGAUCGUAUACUGGGGGCCUAAUUCAUAAAUGAGACUAUAUGAAUUAUACUCACAUUUCGUAGCAAAUUAUACGUUUCAACGACAUGUACGGACAAUACCAAGGUAAACAAUGCAACUUCUUAAUGUUAAAACAAAUAAGAAGCAUAAUUUAACAUUUAAUAUAUAGAUAGCUAACUUGUACUAAGAGUUGCCUGGCGGCGUUGCUUUCAUAUGUUUGGGACAUUGAAUAUAUGUGAACAUUCCAUGAUAUUUGCUAUCCACAGUGUGUUGCGUUGGAGCCAGUAAUGUGUUAUUGUCUGUGGUUGUUUGUGUGUGAUGUCAGAUAUAUGUAUUUUGUAUAUUAAUGCGCCUUACCCCUAAUCCUUAAUAUAAUCCUAUCCUUUCUGCAUACCCUUUAAUUGAUACUCCAAUAAAUAUGGCACCAUAGAACUCUGUUCCACAAUUAGCCGAUCUCAUUAUUUUUUUACUGACAUUAAGUUAUUUGUUACAGGUGCACCAUUCGAUUGUUCCUGUCAAUUCUCUAAUAUCACUCACAAGAUGCACAACCUGCUGCAAAUUGUUCCACUGUCCACUUUGUCUCAGCUUUAAACCAACCAAACGCUCAAGAUUACAGCGCCAUGUUGAUGUGCACCUGAAAAAUGCGGUGUCUUUCAAAGAUAAAAAGAUUUGUAAAUGCAAUUUGGACUGUAGGACAGAUGGCCAUUAUCACUGCCCCCAGUGUGAGAGAACUAUCAUCAGGAGGGAUGCCAUGACAAGUCAUCUGCUGUUGUGUCAAGGGGCUUCCGCUCCUGUUUCAUCAGCUGCACUGCCCUCUACGCAUGCUGUACUGCCCACGCCUGCUAUAAACCAGCGUAUUCAAAUCACCACCCAUAUCCAACUGCCUCAAAGUCCAGCCUAUAGGACUCUGACGACUAUGUGUGAUCACUGUGGCUUUGUGCUCCUGAGAAAGAACUUGAAGCAGCACCUGCUGAGGAAACACCCGGAGAUAGCCACUCUAUUGGAGGGAGCACAAUCAGAUCCUGUGUCUGUGGCACAACAACACGGCACCAUGAAACAUGCUGAAGGGACCAGGCGGAGACUGACCGCCACCUGCACCAUAUGUGGGCGUCCGGUGACCAUGAAGAACAUGUGAGCACACAUGAACAGAAAACACCCUGAUUCCUGGUAGAUGCCUGCUUUGCAAACAUAGGUAUUAUAGCCUGAUCCCAGAUCUGUUUGUGCUUUUGCCUUUUGUCAUUGAGAAGCAAAACAAUUUGGCCAAGAAAAAGAGUACAAGGAGUGGAAUGUUAGCAAAACAGGUUCUGGAUUUCAGGAUAUAGGCUUCAUGCAUCAACUACUUAAUUGAUGGCUGAAUUCUAUUAUAUAUAUUUUUAUAACAUAUCUUGUACAUUCAUGUUGUAUAUAUUGUUUUACCAUACAAAUGGAGAACAUUGCAUUUGUUAAUCUGACCCUUCAGUGUUAUUGGGUUACGGUUAUGACCUGGCUGCCAGUUCCAUUUCCAAGGCCUGAGUGCUGGUCUUGCAAACAAGCACAACAAACAAUUGGGGAGAAUUUAUAGAAUAGAAUUUAUACCACUAUAAACAUUUAGUUAUUUUGAACAUUUCUUGCAGUCUCUAUAACUUGUUAAAGUUGACUAUUGUACAAAGUAUGUUGAAAAGCUGGGGAAUCAUGCUCCACUCACUCACACCAAAUAAUGGUGGUUCAAAUCUAGGCUGUUAUAAUCAAGUUAUUUAGCUUAGAAUGUUAUAGCUGUAGAAAGGUACAUAGCAGCUCAUAAGAUCAAGAGGAUGAGAAUGUUUGAAAGUUUGUUCUGGCAGUUUGUCUUGUUGUUUUUGUUUAGUGGGAGAGAGAAAAAACGCCACUUAUGCUGUUGGGAAAUGUAUUAAUAUUUUGAGUAUCAAAUAAAUUCAACAAAAGAUGUAAGAAGCUGCUAGCCUCAAGGGCGUAUCUAAACGUGUAUUUACGGUAUUUCACCGGCCCGCCCAACCUCAUCAGCUGUCCGGAAUUAAUCCAAAGAAAACUUCCGGAAGAGGUGUGAAAAGGUGAAGCCACCAUCUGAUAACAAAGAAGAUGUUCACUUCUCACAUAGGAACAGAUUAGAUUGAUUGUUGUAGUCUACUUGGUAACCAUGUCGCACGAACUCGCUUUUCGUUGUCGCGUCACCUCCAUUAUGGAAGCUUUGACAGCAACAGUCGUGCAAGAAAUCUGUCAAUUUAUGGGAGAAAGCUAUGCUGCUCUUCGAGUGGAAAUGUUGCAUGAACAAAAUAAAAAAGAGACAAGGAUGGAGAAGCCAGCGAACUGCCGCAAGAACUUUUCAAAACCUGUUAGCCCACCAAGUUUGGGAAACUUUCCAAUCGUGGGGCAGAUCCUGAAUAAACAAGAGGCCAACUAUCAUUGGCUAGAAGACGGUGCUGUUUUUGAAGGCCUAGCAUCACCGGUGACGGAGAGACCAGAGCCAUCACAGCCCCCUGGUCAGAUUACAGACACGGUACCAUGGCCAGUAUGGCUCAUCAAACAGGAGGAAAUGGCUGAUGAUGAUUUGGAAUCGGAAGGUUACGGCGAGUGGGUUCCAGAGACUCCCAAGGCAAGCCAGAAUAUCACAGGAGAAAGUGAUGAGGAAGAGAGAAGUCAAGCCUCUGGGGGAUCCAGAGAACUUGGACUCGACGACUUCAAGAGAGAACAGAGUCCAUUGCUGGUGUCAGCUGAGGAUGCCGUGACACCCAUAAAGACAAAGUAUAAAGCACGCAUGUUAGAACACACUGGGAAGCCACGUUUCCGCUGCGAUAUCUGCGGUGAGAAAUUCCAGCGUCAGAGCGGCUUGACCAGGCACCAGCGGCACAAACACAACACCGUGAAAACCUACAGUUGCACUGUGUGUGGGAAAGGGUUCACCUACAUCAAAUCCCUCAACACGCAUGAGCUCACGCACUCUGAUGUCUCUAUCAGUUCAACUAUAACUCUGGAUGAAGCCAAGGCAAGGAAAAGAGGUCUGACUGAUGAACCCACAGACAGAAAUGCAGCGAGAGAUAUGAUCAGUGCCAUCCUUCACUCAAAGCCAGGUGGAGAAAAGGUGUUCCAGGAGUAUGGGAAAACCAAAGGUCUUACGGAUAGCACACGGAGACUGAUGGUGAACAUUAUUGUGGCCGACAUGAUGGAAAAUCAUGGGAUCCCCCCAUCAAGUGUCCGCACCAACUACGCCCUGGGGAUUGUGACUUUAUUCCCCUACUUGAAUGAUCCAGAUUCAGAGCAUGGCUAUGAACAAUAUUACGACGCAGCUAGUGGGUCUGGUUAUCUGACCUGGAGAAUAAAGACAGUGGGGCGCAACAAAUCAUGUAAGACCAAGAGGAGAACCAAGUCCACCUAUCAAAAUGGUCCAAAGGCUCAACACAGUUCCCCUUCAGUUGUUGAGGAACUGUUAGAUGAACAAGUGUCCAUGUCUGAGGUCUUGAUCUGCUCAGUUGGGUCUGAUUCCUCUGGAUCAGCUUUAACUUUGGAAAAAUCCAAGGCACGAAAAAGACGUCUGACUGAUGAACCUACAGACAGAAAUGCAGCAAGAGAUAUGAUCAGUGCCAUCCUUCACUCAAAGCCAGGUGGAGAAAAGGUGUUCCAGGAGUAUGGGAAAACCAAAGGUCUUACGGAUAGCACACGGAGACUGAUGGUGAACAUUAUUGUGGCCGACAUGAUGGAAAAUCAUGGGAGGAUCCCCCCAUCAAGUGUCCGCACCAACUACGCCCUGGGGAUUGUGACUUUAUUCCCCUACUUGAAUGAUCCAGAUUCAGAGCAUGGCUAUGAAAAAUAUUAUGAUGCAGCUAGUGGGUCUGGUUACCUGGCCUGGAGAAUAAAGACAGUGGGGCGCAACACGUCAUGUAAGACCAAGAAGAGAACCAAGCCCACCUAUCAAAAUGGUCCAAAGGCUCAGCGAAGUUGCCCUUUAGCUGUUGAGCAACUUUCGGGGGAUGAAUGCAAAGAGGCGAUAUCUGUGCUUCAGCAUACAACAACUAAUGAGUCACUGGUUCGAGAGAAGAUGAUGGCAACGUUCCAAUACAGACAGCAGGUGGUUCAUGAUCCGGGGAAGUCCUCAACUGUCCUAGAUGUCUUCCCCAGAUUCCUUGACACUACAGGCUUGAUCAACCAAGAUUUCACCAGACUUUUCGGAGAGGUGGUGUCUGGGACAUUUAUGGCGAAGUGGCCAACAUUUUUCAAACCCAGGGUCAUCGCAGAUUGCAAAACCCUUCCCUUCAGCGAACCUGUGGAAGACCUCCUCUCAUCUGCUCAGCAGGAAUCCAAUGAUUAUGGAUGGGAGAGUGACUUGGCAGCCAUUUUGUUGCUUCUGCAUCUCCUACCCCCGACCUCAAAGGGCCCGAAGACCGCAAAGAUCCGUACCUCUCAAGCUGCUGACCAUCUGGUUAGAUUUAUGAAGGUAGGGACAAGUAUGGUGACCUUCCUUGAGACAGUUGGAUAUGAGCAGCAGCCCUUCCUCCUCUGUGUCGGUGAAAGGAAGAACAGCCUUCAGAAGUUUUACAUCGUCGUUGACCAGAAGACCAUCCCAUGCAAGGCCCAAACAUCAGUGGCAGCUUUUGACGAGCUCUUUAAGGCACACUAUGUCUUCAGUGUGUCCUACCAUGAAGCGUUGUGUAACUUCUACACAUUCAUCCAGACCACCGUGUACGGUAUCGACGUGGGGAAGGCAAAGGAGUCCUCAAGAGUCAAGGAGAUUAGAGUAAGGCUGCUUAACAAAGACCAGGGGAGUGGUGCCGCCGGAGCGCAAGGGAGCAGCGCUCCCGCCCUUUUUGCAAUUUGAGAAUAUAAGUUAGUAGUUGAAUAGAAUAGAGCAGUAUCACCAUCUGCUCUAUUUCGCUCCUGAAACAGUAACUCAAGAAGAUCUAAGUGCGUAUCCCCAUGAAGCUGAUUGAGAUCAAAUGAUUGUCAUGCAGAUGCAGUUUGGACAUUUCACCAGUAAAACUCAAAUAAUUAUCGUUCACCAAUGACACUGAUGGCCUAUUUGUAAAUUAGAUACCCUCAAACACCAAGUUCGGUAUAUUACAUUUUAGUGAGAGAGUGUGAGCAUAGGGCAGAUGUUGCAGUUGGAGAAUGCAUUUUGUGCAUAUUGUAUUAUAAUAUUCAUUAGGUUACAUCUGUCAGUACAAACUUUGAUUGUAAAAUUAUGUAAUUCACUUUUUGGGGGUUGGCUCCCGCACCUAACAAAAACAAAUGGCACUAUACCACUUACAUAGAUAUGUGAAUUGAGAUGUGUUUACUUGUUUUAUUUGUAAAAUACACUACAGCAGUUGUGCAUUGCUUUUUUGACAAGUUUCAUCAUGGUUUGUCAAUAAAACGUAAUUCAAUCUGGA